AUGCCCCACAAAAUGCGACAACCGAUCAAUAUAGAGUCCUUGCAACGUUUUCUCAAAGACCAUGUUCCCGCCAUUCAUGUACCGGUCCAAAUACAGCAGUUCGAAUUCGGACAGUCCAAUCCAUCAUAUAAAUUGACCGACAGUCGGGGUCAACGCUUCGUGCUUCGCAAAAAGCCACCGGGAAAGCUGCUCACGAGGGCGGCACAUCAAAUCGAGCGGGAGUAUCGAGUGAUUCGGGCCUUGAAUGGGACCGACAUCCCAGUUCCCAAGGUGUAUUGCCUGUGUGAGGACAGCAGUGUGAUCGGGACACCGUUUUACAUCAUGGAGUUUCUAGACGGGCGCAUCUUCCAGGAUGCCUGGAUGCCUGGAGUUUCCGCCGACGAGAGGAAUGCAAUGUGGAAACAAGCGGUUCAGACACUCGCGCGGCUCCAUCGUCUCGAUCCAGCGUUCAUUGGGCUCGCCGACUUCGGGAAACCACGCGGCUUCUACAAUCGGCAGAUCAGAACGCUGCAAAACCUCUGCGAGUCCUACGCGAAAGUGACUGACGUGGAUACCAACGAGCCGGUGGGCAAGAUACCAGGCACUGACGAACUCGUGGCGUACUUUGCAGACGAAGGACAGCAGCCGCAAGACCGAGGCACCCUCGUCCACGGGGAUUACAAGAUCGAUAACCUGGUCUUCCACAAGACCAAGCCGGUAAUCAUAGGCAUAUUAGACUGGGAAAUCUCAACCAUAGGCCAUCCUCUCUCCGAUCUCAGCAACCUCGUGCUCCCUUGGACCGUGACACAGACGUCCAAGGAGAUCAAGCAGCACUCUCAUCCGGCGUUCAGCCUCGGCGGCGGUCCUCCGGGUCUUCCGAGCAAAGCUCAAUGUCUGGAAUGGUACCGUGAAGUGGUGGGAUGGGACCCAGCCGCCGAAGUCGUCUGGGCUGACGCCUUUAUGAUCUUUCGCACGAGUGUCAUGCUCCAGGGCAUAGCGGCCAGACACGCAGUCCGGCAGGCGACGGGGGAGGACUCGUUGAUACUCGGUCGGGAAAGAUUUCCGUACGCACGGGCGGCGCUAAGAAUGGUAAGAUGCCUCAAAGCCCAGCGAGAGAGCAUGGCUGGGAACACACGACUGGAGAGGGUGGGGCGUCUUUAG